CUGUGGAUGCAGAGAGAGUCAGAGUGAAGCGUGUGCACUGCCUUCAAACAGGGACUUCCCUGAGCCUCCAUCAUCUGCAGGGAGGGAAAAAAAGACACACAACCUCCUACAUACACACACAUACACACACGAACACAGUGCUGAGAACAAGCAAGGGGCUUUAAACGGCUUCACGCAAAGUGCAGACAAAGGGACUGUAACCUGCCAUAAUGGAGGAAAACAUGGAUGAAUCGCAAAGCCAGAAAGGCUGUAAGGAGUGCUGUGAGCGAUGUGUUGGCAGCCUGCCUUGGGCCUCUCUCAUUGCGACCAUCAUCCUGUAUAUGGGCGUGGCCCUAUUCUGUGGUUGCGGCCACGAGGCUCUGAGUGGCACCGUCACCAUACUGCAAAACUACUUUGACGUUAUCAGAUCCCCUGGAGAAACACUCAGUGUUUUUACCAUCAUUGACAUUCUGAAAUACAUCAUCUAUGGACUUGCUGCUGGAUUCUUUGUGUUUGGCGUUCUGUUGCUGGUCGAGGGGUUUUUCACCACCGGAGCUAUAAGGGAUCUCUAUGGAGAGUUCAAGAUCACCGCCUGUGGACGCUGCCUGACUGCAUUUUUGAUGUUCCUGGCCUACCUGUUCUUCCUGGUGUGGCUCGGAGUGACGGCGUUCACCAGCCUGCCGGUUUUCAUGUACUUCAACGUGUGGUCCAUGUGUCAGAACAAGAGCAUGAUUGAAGGAGUUGAGUUCUGCCUGGACCUGCGCCAGUUUGGGGCUGUGACCAUCUCUGAGGAAAGGAAGUUGUGUUCAAGGACUGAGAAGUUCACCCAGAUGUGUCAGUCCAAUGAGCUCGACCUGACCUUCCAUCUGUUUGUGUGCGCGCUGGCUGGGGCAGGAGCUGCUGUCAUCGCCAUGGUCCACUUCCUGAUGGCACUCGCCGCUAACUGGGGAUACCUGAAGGAUGCAAGCCGGAUGCAGAAGUACGAAGACAUCAAGUCGAAGGAGGAGCAGGAGCUGCAUGACAUCCACUCUACGCGCUCUAAAGAACGUCUCAAUGCCUACACAUAAAGGCACACUGCCGAGAAACGACACGCACACACACACACACACACACACACACAGACAUAUACACAUUUGCACCAGUCUUAUUAAGCAAUUUUGGAUACUUUUUUUUUACCGUUGGUUGUUGUUGCUUUUACAUUUAAUUUCAAAAGGCCCUAUAGCGAUCACUUUAUUUGCCGGCGGAGUAUUAACAGUCAGGGCUAAUGUUACAUUUAUUAUUGAUGAUAAGUGGUUACUCAUACGUAGUAUCAGACCUCACUUGAGUUGAUGGUGUCUCUGAUGAUUUUUAUUUUAAAGCCCAAACUCCUUAAUUUUAUUCUCAAAGUGGCAACCGAGUGGGAAGUAAGUCACUUUUCCGCAAUUGUGGGCACAGCUAACCUUCACGUAAAAGUUGGCAUUGAUAACCGCUAAUCUGCUAACUGAAACGUUAACUGUGAUAAUGCAAAAUGUACACAUCUCUAAUACAUUUAUCUGAAUCUGCAGAUAACCUCUACCGGCUAUUUUGUCCUUUACAAAUUUAGCUUUGGCUUGAGGUUUUAUUUAUUGUUCUGAAACUCUGAAAAACAGACCUAAAACGGUAAAAAUUUUAAUAUGUUGUAGCAUAAACAUGGGGG